UUGACUGUUUAUUUUCUUUCUGACACUUCCUGCUCCUGGGAUUCAAAUCCCUGGAGCCCCCAUCAAAUACUGUCAAGCUUCCGUUCAAAGUUAGUCAGAAUUAAGGAAAGAAAUUGGACCCGGUGACACUCCACAUCUGGGCUGCCAGGAGCAAUACCAUCUUUGAGGUCAUUCAGUUUAUUGACAUUUUUAUUAUUAUUAUUGUUUUGUCUAUUUUCUGCUACAGUCCCAGAGGAAGAUGUGUGGCCCCGAACGUGCCAACCUGAUCUGGGAGAAGCAACUAAUCCCCAUGUCUUUGCUGCGCCCGGCUCUGCACCGACCUCAGCUCACCUUGUAAAGUAGCAGGCUCUGGGCGUUUUGCAUGCUGUGGAGAAUCACUGUUUUGCCUUCAGCAAGGAACGUAAAUGUUGCAACACUGACUCCUCCUCUAAUGAAGAAAGAGUGAACAAGUGCACAGAGUGAGGCUGCUGCUCCAGAGCCAGGCGGCUGGGGACGGCUGAGCCGGGCUGAAAUCCCAAGACGCCUGUCGCCGGGGCUGGGCUUCCUCCGCCCCCUCCGCAUUCGUCUUACUCGCUCCGCUCCCUCUUUCUGGAUUUUACCGGCUGUGCGUGGAACUGCUUUACACACCAUGGAGCUCCACGUCCCUUUGCAGGAAGUGCUCUCAGACUGAUGCGCUGAUCGUCGCUCACGGCACAAUGAACCUCUGAUACAUUUCUUGCGGAAGGAGAUGGGAGCCAACAUGAAGGGGAAUGUGGCAUCCACAAUUGUUUCCAUUUUGCUACUUUUUCUCAACACCCAUCUUCUGAACGACCUGCUAGCAUCCAGAUGGGACUGGAUGCAGUUCUCAGAUAGUCAUGACAGCUGGGACCUGGGAAAGCAGACACCCACUUCUCCACCUCUUGCCAUGCCUCGUCCCCCUUAAACAGCCAUGAAGCUACAAGGAAGCCCUUUUCCACCUCACCACAAAAAGAACCAAGGAGAGGGGGAAAUAUAAAUGAAAAGGAACUACGAACCAUGACUUAUUAAUUGGGGGCAGGAGAAUGGGGAGACAGACUGUGACACUGGGUCACAGGUCAUAGCUGAACAGAAUCCAGAAAAGUGAAGGGAAACAGGAAGGAAAAGAGAUGACGAGCACAGAGCGGAAGGGAGCCACUGCAGGAGGAGCAUCGGGGAUACAGUGAAAGAACACAGAGAUCAGAGACUGAGCUGACUGUGUGGGAGCAGCAGAAAGACAGAGGCUGGACAAUCACCUCCUGGAAAACCUGAGAUCUUUAAAUGUCGUUCUCCUGAAAAGGAAACAUUCACUUGCUGGUGGAAGCCUGGGACAGAUGGAGGACUUCCCACCAAUUACACUCUGACUUACCGCAAGGAAGGAGAGACACUCACCCAUGAAUGUCCAGACUACAAAACCAGUGGCCCCAACUCCUGCUAUUUUAACAAGAAGCACACCUCCAUAUGGACAAUAUACAUCAUCACAGUAAACGCCACAAACCAGUUGAACCAGACCCUCCUGUGAACCUGACUUUGGAAUUAAAACAGCCAGAAGACAGAAAACUCUACCUGUGGAUGAAAUGGCUUCCACCUACCCUGGUCGACGUAAGAUCUGGUUGGCUCACACUCCAGUAUGAAAUUCGCUUAAAACCAGAGAAAGCAGCUGAGUGGGAGACACAUUUUGCUGGGCAGCAGACUCAGUUUAAGGUUCUCAGCUUAUAUCCAGGUCAGAAAUACCUUGUCCAGGUUCGCUGCAAGCCAGACCACGGAUUCUGGAGUGAGUGGAGCCCAGAGAGCUCCAUGCAGAUACCUAAUGAUUUCACCAUGAAAGAUACCAUCGUGUGGAUCUUUGUGGCUGUCCUUUCUGCUGUCAUCUGUUUGAUUAUGGUCUGGGCAGUGACUUUGAAGGGCUAUAGCAUGGUGACCUGUAUCCUUCCACCCGUUCCUGGGCCAAAGAUAAAGGGAUUUGAUACCCAUCUACUGGAGAAGGGCAAGUCUGAAGAACUCCUGAAUGCCCUGGGAUGCCAAGACUUCCCUCCUCCCUCUGACUGUGAGGACCUGCUGGUGGAGUUUUUAGAAGUGGAUGACAGUGAGGACCAGCAGCUGAUGCCAGCCCAAUCAAAAGAACACCACGGUCAAGGUAUGAAGCCCGCACACCUGGAUCCCGACAGUGAUUCUGGCCGGGGCAGCUGCGACAGUCCUUCUCUUUUGUCCAAAAAGUGUGAGGAACCCCAGGCAAAUCCCUGCACAUUCCACACUCCUGAGGACGUUGAGAAGCCUCGGAAUCCUGAACCCAAUGUUACCCUCACCUGGGACCCCCAGAGCAUAGGCUUGGAAGGCAACAUUCCCUACUUCUGUGCUGAUGGAUCCAAAUCUUCAACGUGGCCUUUACCGCAGCUCCCCAGCCAAAACAACCCCGGAUCUUCGUACCACAACCUCGCUGAUGUGUGCGAGCUGGCCACGGUCAUGGCAGGGGCUUCAGCCACAUUGUUGGACAAAACAGACAAUCAUGCUUUCAAAUCCUUGGAAACCAUUGAGACUGGAGGGGAAGGUAAGGCAGCUGAGCAGAGGGAGGGGGACCACUCCCAUGCCUGGACUGGCCAAGACACAGCAUGGCUGCUGCCCCAGGAAAAAACCACUUUUAUCUCUGCUAAGCCCUUGGAUUAUGUGGAGAUCCAUAAGGUCAACAAAGAUGGAGCACUGUCAUUGCUCCCGAAACAGAAAGAGGACAGUGACGAGACGGAGAAGCCAGGUGCUCCUGAACCCAGUAAAGAGUAUGCUAAGGUGUCCAAGGUGAUAGAGGGCAGCAUCCUGUUGUUAGUGCAGGAUCCACAAGCUCGAAACCCGGCUUUGUUUGAAGAACCAGCCAAGGAGGCUCCACCAUCCUGUCAACAGAGUCAGGCUGAAAAAGACCUGGCUUCCACCACAUCAAGCAACUGCAGACUCCAGCUCGGCGGGUCGGAUUACCUGGACCCCACAUGCUUUAUGCAGCCCUUUCAGUGAUAUCUUGGUUAAUGGAAUGACUGGUUAUAAUGUGACUUUUCUUCAGGUAACACUACAGAGUACAGGAAAUACACUCCACUAGAGAAUGCUUGUGAACAUGGUUGGACUGACAUGACUAAGUCUCACAGUCCACUCUUUUUCAUGCUCCAUUUUCAAACAGUUGCCUCUUUUUUCAACAGCUGAUUCCAGAACAAAUGGUUUUGUUUCCUAACUGUGAUUUGUAGAUUUACUUUUUGCUAUUAGUUAGAAAAUGAUAUGUUCAAUGAAAUAACAGCACCUUGCUUAGUAUUCUUGAGGGACAAUACCAACAGUACAUCCUCUGGAAAAGUCUCUCAUGGUUUGGUAUGUCACAGAAGGAAAUGAAAUAAUCAAAAUUGUUUACCAUAGGAAGAUGAAAAAUGCCAUGAAAACCUUUGGAAAACCAGUUGCUUAACCUUUGCACUCCUCUUUCAUGUUAUUAGUAUUAACCAAAUACAACACAUUUAAAGAAUGCAUUAGGACACCUGAUAAAUUGUUUACAUCCAUUCCUAUUACCUUAGUGAUACAUUGCUGAUAUGCAAGGAAAGAUGAUGCCUCCAUUUUUUCUUAAAACAGUUUAAAUUUGUUAAGCACAGAUUUUUUCCCUAAAUUGUAUUUUAUUCUAAAGCCUCUGGAGAAUAUUGUGUUGGAAAGGGAAAUUUUCUGAUACAAGGCAAAUAAGUUUCACCUAGUAAAUCCUUCUAAAAUAUUUUCCUGCUUCAUUUCAGCAUGAUAGAUAUUUAUUAUACACCCAGUCUUCUCUUAGUGAAAAAAACAAAUCCCAAAAGACUAACUCUAAUUUAAAAGAUAAUCACAGCAAAAUGUUAAUGAAAAUACUGCCUUACUGUAUAUACAAAUUCUACUUUAAUAUAAACCUAUACAUUUAAUAAUGUAUUUUUGAAGACUAUUUUUCUACCACUUAGGUAAAAUAAAAGACUAUUUUCUAUCUUCCCAGUAUAGCUGCCUGCAUAUUCAGUGGGUACAGUAUUUUCUGCUAUGAAGUUAUAACUAUUUAAGUACACAGUUGUAUGAGCAGUCCCUGUUCACAGAGUCAAAUGCCCAACUGACACCCGCCGAGGGAUACCAAGUGGAUGACAAUGUUCAAUUUCCAACAUAGUGUUAAGUGUACUAUAUUCCAGUACAGUUCAUUUGAUUCUUUUGAUCUCCAGGGUACUUUAAAUGACAAUCACCAACCUAGAGUUUCAGAACUCUCCACAGACUAGAAAUGACCUCUGGGGCUUCUGCUCUUCUCUAGGUAAAUAUUCAUAAACUACCAUGAGACAGGAGAAUGGCAACAUCUAACAUACUUUUUAGAGAGAGGGUUUUUGUUUUGUUUUGUUUUCCUGAGCAAUCUUGGGCACCAAAUAAAUUUUAAGCAAAGCCAGGAGUUAGCAUCUCUCUGGAGUACAUCCAUUUGCAAAAUCUUGGCAGAAGCAGAGACACCACUCACGUCAGAAGUAUCCAAAUAAAAGUUCUAAGAAACCAGACAUCUGUGGAGUGGUGGGAACAGCUACAAAGGCAAGGGUAUGGCAGUAAGAAUCUUCCAAGUCAGUUCCAAGGGCACGUUCCCCGAGAGCGGCCAAGAGCCUGGAUCUCCAUUUUAGAGAGUACCCAUGGCUUAUGGAGCUGCUGCCCUCUGCUUUUCAUUUCAUCUUCAGGUCCAUUCUCUGUGCCUACUCACUAGCUGGGUGUACUCCACUCCACUCAAGCCCAUGCUGAUAGGAACUGGACUCGGAGGUAGCCUGAUAUUUGAAAGUAAACACAUUGCUAGGGCUCCCAGAAGUAGUAGAUCUGAGGCUCUGUUCUUCCAAAAUAUAAGCAACAUCUUAAGAGAGAGGGGAAUACUUAGGAACAUUGUCCGAGUUCAUGCAAUCCCCUAGAUCCUUGCUAUUCAAAGUAUUGUCUGAGGAACAGCUUCAUCAGCAUCAGCUGGGCACUGCUUGGAAAUGCAGGAUAUAGGUCCCCCUUCCCCAGGCUUACAGAAUCAGAAUUUGCAUUUUACUAAGAUCCCCAGAUGAUUCAUGUGCAGAGUGAAGUUUGAGAAGCACUGCCCUAGACGGCCACAACAGAAGGUUAUAUUGGAAACAGUCCUGUCUAAGAAAGUGUGGGUUAAGUUUGUUUGAUUCUCACUGAACUACACUGUAUGAAAAGAGAAAGAAUCGUUUCUUAAAACUUUACUCAUGGUUUAAGAUUCAAAUAAUGGUAGAGAAAUACCUGCAGAAGUACACACAACUUCCAAGAGGGCCAGGGAAUAUAUUCCUGAGAGGCACUGAACAAAAGACUCAGACUUUCAAAGCCAAUGCAGUCUAAACCUUUCCCCAAAUAGUCCGUUUUCCCCCAAGAUGUAUAUCAAUCACUCCGGUAGUGUGAAAAUUCAGAAAUGAUCUUUUUGACACAUGAUUUGGUAUAUAUGAAAAGAAACGUUAUGGCUAAGACUCUACUUGAACUAAAUCCCUAAAAGAACACCAAGGAGUCAGUUACUACAUAAAGCCAAGACUAUAAUUCUAUGGUUGAUUAGCACUACUUAUUUGAAUUAAAUUUUCUUUUUCUUUAUCAUGGUCUAGCAUAUCUCUAUCCAGGAGAUAGCUAGUCAAAUGGAAGGGUACAGAGUGGGGGUCAAGAGACCCAGGUUCUAGUCCUAGCUUCAUUGUCUUAGCUCAGUUCCUUUCUCUGGGCCUCAGUUUCUUCUGAAGGAAAUGUCAGGUCAAAUAAUCUCCAAUGGCCUUUUAAACUCCAACUCCAUCAGUCCAUGAGUCCUGAAUAUUUUCCAGCAAAGAUGAUUAACCAAAGCUUUGUGUCUUAAUCGAGCUAAUAAACAAUUGGCCUUCCCCACAGAAAUGCAAGAUUCAUGGUUUAAGAUUCAAAUAAUGGUAGAGAAAUACUCUUCAGUGACAUGCUCAUUUCACUUUUAAGUCAUCAGUUCCAGUUGGCCUUAACAGAAUGCACAUGCAUUUCAUAAAUUAUAUAGGUACAGAAUCACAGUCUAAGAUUAUGUACAAGUACAUGUAUAGAAAGAAGAGGCAUGAGACUUUAAAAAAAGACAUUGAAUGAGGCUCUAAUUUUUCAAAAAAUGGUCUUUCACUGAAUCAAGCCAUGUUUUAUUCCUUGCUGAGCCCAGCAGCCCCAGAUCUCUUUUCUUAUAUCUGGCUACCAAUUCUGUUUUGUUUUGUCUUGUUUUGUUUUGUUUUUUCUCUUUCAUAGAUUAUGAACCACCAUUACACAGUUAAUUUAAAGAGUCUUAUGCUCCAAAACAUAAAACAUCAUAACUUUAUAAAACACACCUAAAUAUUCGACUUAUGAAGCACAUUGAAAAGGAAUAACCAAUGAUUGAUUUGUGAAUGCUUAUGACCCAAAGUGCAAAAAGUUCUCUGAUCAGUUUUAACAAAUGGAUAUAAGACAUGUCAAUACAGCACAAGUAUUACCAGCCAUGUCAUUGGCAUUUCACAGACUUUCGUUCUCCCAAGUGCCUAAGAUUAAUCCCAGUAAGCAAUUACAUAUUAAAAACUUGCUUUCACUGGUUUGGUCCAAAGUGAGUCAGCCCUUGAUACCUGUACAAGAUCAAGGAGUUUGACUCCUUGUCCUCUUGUGACCCAACCAAAUCAGAGACUCCUAUGAGUCAAGGAGCGACCAACAGGCACCUAAGUGCCAGAAUGCAGCAGGGCUGUGGAGGAAAUCUGGCUCUUUCUCGAAGCUGCUCUCAGCUGCGCAUCAGAAAGAUUUGCAGAAAGACUUGGCCCUGCCUUUAGUAACUUCCCUAUCUCUUUAGAGUACACAAGAAACAGAUUUAUACACAUUUUACAAAGUGCCUCUCUUUAUUUUUUUUUUUAAUUCUUUUUGCAAGAAAAGAAAUUUAGAAACUAAAUUUCACUUUUGUUAUGUAAAUGAAAGAAGCCAGAAAGGGAAUGACAAAAUGGUCUAAGGUCCAAUGAGCAACUGUUCGGUGGAUUUUUUAAUUCAUUGUUUAACUGAAUUACCAUAGAGCAGAUGCAAAUGGAAUAAUUUGUCUAAUAAGAAAUUGACUCCGGCUAGGAUUUUGGGAUAAACCUUCCACCCCAAGAUUCAAGAUUCUCAAUUUAAAAACAUACUGAUGCACUUUUGAAUUGCUUUGAAUUGCACGCCUGGAAGUGAAAAAGGCAAUGGGUGCACAAUGGAACCUCACACACAAACACAGAAAAAUGUGAAUGACUCUGGACUACUACCCAUUGGUGAAAGCCUCAUGUACGCUUCAUUGAACAAAUUUCUUUUUCUGCCUUUUCAGUUCAAGCACAGUAGUGUCAUUGCUAGGCUAGUAGGCUGAGCCCUCAAUUUCCAGGUGUAGGUCACAUUGCAGCAACUAAACAGAUUGUAUGGCCUAAUGUAAGUCCCUUUAGCCACCGUUUUCCUCACCUGUUAAGUGGGUUGGCCUUUUCCUCACCUGUUAAAUGGGUUGGCCUGAAAUGUUUCUGAGACUCCUUCCAGCUCUAACCGUCUUUGAUUCUUGUGAGCUAAGAUCCAGGGUGCCAGGUCAAAGAUCCAGGUGCAGUGUGGGAAAUAUUGCUGACUCCACGCACCCUUAACCUAAACCAUUGACCAGUGCGGCUGUAACAGUGCUUACGAGAAAACCAGAGAUACAUUCCUACAAAUCAGAUUAAUUUGAUUUACUAUCCUUGCUUCUCCUCUUCUUAGCUGUGUAGGCUUUUUAUUCUCUCACUCCAGGGUCUAUAUUUUUCAUAAGAGUUAAUUAUGUGCAGUAGACCACAAUAUCUGCAAGAAACUAAAUUAUUCAUAAGCAAUGACUUUGGCCCUGCAAAGGACUGAGUCAAACUUUAAAUUAGCCACACAGAUGUCAAGGCCCAUGUUGAGGGUCACAAGUUACCUCAUUUAGGGAUUCGCAUGCUUAGAGAUUCUAAAUUCAUCAAUUAUGUAAGUAAUUCAAAGGCCAUUCAUAAAUUCAAGCUACAUUGAUGACUCAGCCUAGGUCUUUCACAGAAACUUAAAAAUAAAAAAUAAUUGUUUGAGAGUUUAGGAUAUAACCAGAAGUUCUAUUUAUAUUAUGGCCUGGGCUUAUUCCCUGAUUAGCAGGUAUAUGACCUGCAAAUCAAAUAGGCUUUCUCUCCCUAGACUUGGCUUCUCAGGAAGGUGAUUUUGGUCUGAGACCAUCAUGGUAUCUAUUUCAGUGAAAGGAAAAUGGUAGAGAAAACAGGAUGUUUCCAGAGGUUUGGGAAUAUCAGGAUUCCACAAAAUGCUGAGAUUAGCCGACUAAACCCCAAUUUUAAUGAACAUAGUGAAUCUAUAAUCUAUUCAGUGUCCUAGUUUAUGGCUAAGAGAUGUACAAAACUCACAAUACCAUAUACCCACCACUAUUUUGUCCACAUCGAUUCCUUUUAUUUAUGCUCUGAUUUCAAAUCAGGAAGCAAUGAGACAUGUAUAGAAUAACACACCUUGUUGAUGUGGUUGUCAAUGAAUAGUGAGACUGUUAGACAAUCUUAUUGUAUUAAUUAACUUUUUACUAGCUGCAUAUUCAAGAGAAAAAUAAUUAACUCUAAAAGCUUUGGCCACUGACAUAAACUUUAAUAGUUAUGGUCAAAUAAUGCUUCAUCUGGAUAAGCUUCAAAAUACAGUCUGAAUUUUUCCAUGCAAAUUUCACAAAUCCUGGGGGGGCGGGGGGAAUGUGUUAGCUUAUCUGAACUUGAAAAUCUAUAUGGCAAAGAUCCCUCUGACAAAAUAAUUUGUUUUAUAAAAUUCCUGAUAAAAUUAUUUUGAAUUUCUAAAAGUAACUGCCUCCCCUUCUUGUCCUAAUGCCCUUUCUUCAAAGCUGCUUAUUGUUCAGAAAUGAAAGGUCUCAGGUCUCACGCUUUGGCUAUCUUUCAGUGGCAUAUCAGGUGUGCUUGUCAUGUGACACUCCUGACUUUAAAAUAACUGUUAUGUUAUUUUAUAUUGUAUUGCUUUAUGUGGUUCAAAAGCUGUACGACACACUGAAAUAUAUAAUCCUCAUGUUGUGAAACUCAUCAUGUAAUACAAAUGAAAAUAAUUAUUUAAUGACUUACAAUCUAUCCAUAUGUAUUUCAAUACGAUUGUUGUCUAUGUCUGUUAAACAAAGCUGAAAAGCUCUGUGAUGGUAGAUUUCCGUCGAAAUAGUGAAUGUACUAUUUUAUUUUGUAAUCUUUGCCUAGAAGCUGUAUAAUAUGCCAUUCCCCAGCUGAUCUGGGGUAUUAGGUGUUUAAAGUAUAAUCCAACAACUGUUAAAAAGUCAACCUCUCAGCUUUGCUUUCUGUGACAUCGUAUUAGGUGCAUCCUGAGGCCUGCUUUUGUGCUCGGUCAUUCAUUUAAACAAUGUAAGGGUCUCAUGCAGAAACCAAAGCAAUCUUAGACCCAGCCUGUUGGUGGUCUCUGUCUUCUGCAAAGCCAUAUCCAAGUGAAGACUAUGUAAUAGCAAAACGUUCCAUAUUUUUUUCCACAGCUACCACUACCUCUGCUUUUCAUCUUUCCCUAGAAAAUGCCAAGCAAAAUUCUUCAACAUUAAGGGAGAAGUUAGAAGUGAUUGUUUCAGUAAGUUACUGCUUCUGUUUGUUGUUUUUACAUGAGAAUGCACCUUCUAAUUCACCACUUGGUAUGUUUAUGCUAGGCUUUUUCAAUAACUAUUUGUACAUUUUAUAAAACUGGCUGACAAGUAAGGGCCAGAAAGAAUACAUAGUAAGUUACCAGAUGAAAAAAAGAAAACCACAGAGUGCAGAGUUUUUUCUUAACUGUAAAUCACCUCUUGGUGGCUACCUAAAGCCAUGAUAAUGAUAGUCCUCAAGUGUGGUUUCCUGAACACCCCCAAAAAUAAAUCUUUUCCUUAUUUGAUUUUGGCCAUGCAAUAUAAUAUGGUAUUGGAAAAGUCAGCCAUAGGUCAGAAAUAAUCUUGCUUCACUUUUUAAAACUUCUUUCUACGUAUACUUAUUAUAAUGCCUAUAUUUUUUCCUUUUUUUUUUUUUAGCUGCAAUGAGUUAUGGAAGAUUGUAGUCAUCUGAUUUAUCUUGCAUUUUUAAUUCUUUAACUCUCAUUAUUACACAUUGUGCUUUCUGUUUUCUAUGGAUUUAUUCAUUUGUCUCCUUCCAUUUUGAGGGAACAACAUGGACAGUUAAAUCCUUAUCACCAGUAUGGGAAAUUAUGCUGACUGCUAUUAUAACAUCUUCAUUUUUACUGCACACCAAGAACAAUGCUUGCCAAACAAAAAUCUUAAACAUCCCAGUGUAAUAUGAUCAUUAUAUUUCUAUUCAUGUUAUUGAAAAUACCCAGCUCAGUGCCUGGCUCAAUAAAUGUUUAUUUCCCUUGCUUACCCUUC